CAUCCCCUUCCUCUCACACUUAGCGAUAGUAGCUACAUUCUCUCCACUGCAGACGACAAUGGUAAAAAUAAAAGACACUUUCUGGCGGUAUGGAGGUGAAUUAUUAUCGGAGCAGAACAGGGUGCACAUUGCGCAAUGAUAAAUACUGCAUAUAUCUUGUGAGAACACGUGAUAUUGGAUGGCCUUUACAGAUUUGUGUAUAUGAAAUAAAUAUAUAUGGCCAAAAUCCAUGUGAUGUUAUUCCCCCCUUCUUUGUGUGUCUGCAUGUGUAGGGGGAAGGGGUGGUCACGUGACUGGCGAAACCCUAUAAGAGGGUUUCGAAUAAAUGAAGUGUGCAGAGCAACAAAAAAAAAAGUGGGGGGGGGGCGUUAGGGUCACGUGGAAAAUACUACAUGUGCGGUGUAGUUACGGAAUUACAAGACUCAAAUCAUAAUCUUACGAUAUUAACAGAAUGAAUGUGUUCCUGCUUAAAAUAAAAUGUUGGAGAUUAGGAUAGCACUUUUUUUUCAUCGUAAAAUCUUGCAGCUUAAUAUUAGGCUUACUUUUUUUCCUGGAAGUAAUUUGUAGUAAAGUACGGUUAGAAGAACAUAAUACGACUAUUCUUCCACCAUAUAUUUUUGCGCUUAUCGUACCUUUUUCGUGAAAUAUUGACUUUCUUUUAACAGCACUUGCAAAAUGAUGACCUAAUUCCCAAAGCUUUGACAUUAACUCCCUUUCCACGUAACCGUGCCUUUCCCCUAUAUUUAAAAUUUUACAACUUUGCCAUAUAACAUGAACGUUUGUCUUCGUUUGCGACGAUAUAUGACAUUUGUAACAAAGCUUCAUUAUGGACCUGUUACAUUUUUCUCUCAUAAAUUUGCGACAAUUUUUUUAUUUUUUAUCUUUCUGUUUGAAAAGAUGGCUUGAGAACAGAAAAGACAUUUCAAAAUAGAUUUAUGAUCAGCAAGAACGUGAACGCGCCCUCUCUCUCUCUCUCUCUCUCUCUCUCUCUCUCUCUCUCUCUCUCUCUCUCUCUCUCUCUCUCUCUCUCUCUCUCUCUCUCUCUCUCUCUCUCUCUCUCUCUCUCUCUCUCUCUCUCUCUCUCUCUCUCUCUCUCUCUCUCUCUCUCUCUCUCUCUCUCUCUCUCUCUCUCUCUCUCUCUCUAUCUAUCUAUCUAUCUAUCUAUCUAUCUAUCUAUCUAUCUAUCUAUCUAUCUAUCUAUCUAUCUAUCUAUCUAUCUAUCUAUCUAUCUAUCUAUCUAUCUAUCUAUCUAUCUAUCUAUCUAUCUAUCUAUCUAUCUAUCUAUCUAUCUAUCAAGAGACACUGCACGCAUGCAUCAGUGAGGGAAUGUCAUGUUGAGCGCGGAGGCGUCUGCGUGGACCUUCUAUUUUCCUUCAAGGCCUUUCUAUAAGGACGGCGUGUAAAUAGAGCAGCCUACGCGCGGGAUGAGGCGUUACCCCCACCAGCAGCACCCCCACUCCACCGAUCAAUCACAAGGAGGGACAGUGGCCUCUUUUGAUAAAAAAACGCCAAAUUGUCAUUGGACAGAUGCAAUCAUGUGACAAGCCGCACGCUCUCUGUCCUCUGCAAAGCAAACAAUUCACAUUAUACAGGUCCCUGCACCAGUCUAAAUAAUCUCACUAGUUUUAAAUGACGCAUCUCCCAAAAGCGACGAGGAGUAGGAUAGGAGAUGAAUUACGCAUUUGGCCUCGAAAGUGGUUUUAUCAACAGUCAGCCGUCGCUCGCCGAGUGCCUGACAUCCCUCCACGAUGCGUUCCAGACUACGUCCAUCAACACAUCGACGCAGAAUCCUCCUCCCCCUCCUUCGGACCAGCCGGCGAGUUGCUCCAGAAGCCCGCAGCACGCCGCGGCGCCAUCCGCUGCCGCGCAGUACGCGUGGAUGAAGGAGAAGAAAAGCACCAAGACUCCUGCAGACGCUCCACUGCAAGCCUCAGCCGAGUUCAUAUUAGCCGAAAGCGAUUGUCCCCCGGCAUCCUGCAGGAGGUUGAGGACAGCGUACACCAACACGCAACUUUUAGAGCUGGAGAAAGAGUUCCACUUCAACAAGUAUCUCUGCAGACCCAGGCGACUGGAGAUAGCCACCUCGUUGGAUUUAAGCGAGAAACAAGUGAAAGUGUGGUUCCAGAACCGCAGGAUGAAGCACAAAAGGCAGACGCACUGCAAGGAGAACCGUGAGAACAAAAGCAAAUACGCCAAGGACUUUUUGGAAGAGGAGCCAGCCAAGGGGCAGAGUUAUUUCCAGGAAAAUUGUUUCAAUUCACAACAUUGUCCUAAUAGCCACAAUGACGACAAUGAUUCGACUUUGUGCAUAAGUGAGAAAAAUGUCAAACAUUCUCCGGGGUGCGCUUCCACCACGGCUCCCUUCUGUGCGCCCGCAAUAGGCCCGGACAAUCAUUUUUCCCACGUCUCGCACAAUGAAUACUCCCCGGAUUUGGACGCCUCUUUGCGGGAGCUUCCUCCAGCCUCCUCGUUCUCGCAAGACUGGUCCGAUUCAACUGCGCUGCCUUUAUCACCUGAAACUUUUGAGCUUUUCUCAAAAACACUCACAACUAUGGACUUGCAUAAUUUGAGCUAUUGAAAUGGGGUUAGUUUAAUUCACAUUAUUUUUCUAUAAAGGGGAAUUAUUUAAUAAAUGACGUAAGGUAAAUUAGGACAAAUAAGAACACGGGUAGGCUAUAUUUACACCAUAUUUAUACUGGAAAUAAAUCUUCAUAUUGAUUGUAAUCAAAUUUAAAUCUCUUUUUUUAAAGGUUUGUUUUAAGACCGCUCCCAUAAAAAUAUUGUUCAGAAUUUAAUUUUUCGUGCCGUUUCGACUUUUGGAUGGUCAAAGAAAGACGAUUCGCCUGCUUGGAGUCAAGGAGGGCAAAAGCUACGACUUUUCUCCGCUCUCUAAUUAAAUUUUAUUGCCUAUAAAACUCACAGCAUUGAGGGUGCUUGUUUAUUGGUUUUUUCGCUGUGUAAUGCCUUCUUUGAAUUAAGUAUGCUUGCACUAUUGUGGAUCCACCAAACUUUUUUAAUGAUCAACAAUAUACCUGGGAAUUAAUAAAAAAAUUAUUUUCUGUUAAAAAAAAAAAGGCAAGUGAAAAUGUUCAGUUAUUGCUAUUAC